AUGCGAUGAUAUGUCGCGCGAAGUGAUCACCGAUUGUAACGGCGGUCAGGAUUUAGACAAACGAUUAGUCGACGUGUUGUCCAUCGCUGACACCGAAGACCAUCACCGCUCGGAACCGAUGAUCACCGCCGCCACAGACGAUGACCACAGAGUGGACAACUCGGAGGACAGGGAGGAGGGGGUGGGCGACAACAUUGGCGACACAGUCUUCAGCAAACACUGGCUCUUCCAGUGUCUCAUCAAUACUGUCAACAUAAUCAACGGCGAGAAGAGUGGGGACACUAAUGGCGGCGCUGAUGGCAGUGUCGAUGAUAAUGAGCGCCUGUCGUCGUCGUCGGCGGUGGUGACCGCUUUCGGACCGCGAGAGCCCAUAGAACUGGACGACCGGACGGACGAAGAGUUGUCAAUACUGUGGGAUAUGUCGAUCAAUGAGGAUGUGAUGGCGUUUCUCAACGAUUAUAAGGCCAUCGAUCUCUUCGAGACGAUACUAAUGCGGACCAAUUCGCCCCGAUUUGCCGAAAUAAGUGCCGGAAUAUUGGCCAACAUUGCUGUCAAUCGUGAUAUAUGUGUCAAUCUGGCCAAUAGACCACUCUUUAGACAAUUAAUACUGGAAUCGUUGAGCUCUUCGGACACACCAUUUGUCAUACAAGUGGUGCGAAUAGUGAGCGCAUCGCUAAGCAAUGGCGAAACGCAGGACCGAUGGCUGGCGGCCAUCAAAGAGCGCUCCGACCAAUUCCUGACGACAAUACACCACACGCUCGAGAACUGUCUCAACUGUGAUCUACUCCGGAGUGAAAUCCUAUUGUUAAACAAAAUGCUAUACUUAGACGACACGAUGGCCGCCGUGUGGCUCACGUUUGACCGCCGAUACGAGUGCGUGAAGACACUGUUGUCGGCCACCGAUCAACUGCUGGCCGACGAUCCCGAGAACGUG